AUGAAGGACGUUUCUAAUUUAGAUGAAGACCUGAAAAUCUCAAGGAUCAAAAAGUAUAACAACCCGUCGCUUCAAAAUGAAGUCAAAGAAUGGCUUCUACAGGUUAUGGGCUCAAGUGUCAAUGAAAAUGAGCUCAGGUCCACAGACCUCGUCGAUUUUCUAAGGUCGGGGGAGGUUUUAUCGCAAUUGAUAAAUUGUGUUUGGGGAGCGAAUACCCUUCCGGUCAAGAAAAGCAAGAUGGCGUUUGUACAAAUGGAGUCAAUCGAGCAGUUUUUGAACUUUAUCAAGUCCAAAGGGGUUCCUCAGGAUGAAUUAUUUCAGACAGUUGAUCUAUAUGAACGCCAAGAUCCAUAUCAGGUAGUGAUGGCAAUACAGUCGCUUUCGCGGCUGAUUCACAAGGAGUUUGGUGAUCGAUACCCACUUAUAGGGCCCACCAUCGCUGCCAAACAUGAGCGCCCAAAGGUUCCCCCAAAACCAAAGAAGUUUUCGGCUAAUAGUGGUGCUGCUUGGAGCACCAUGGAGUACGGUUAUAUGAACGGAAGUAAUCAGAAGACGGAAAACAUUGUCUUUGGCGCGAGAAGGGACAUUGUUUAG